CUCCUGCCUCCUCCGACCGCAGCCUCACAGGGCCCAGCGUUCAUAAAGUUCCAUUUCAGCGGCCGUACCCGAGGGCAUCUGUCGCAACUCAAGUACUGAGCGCUGUCAUGUUGGCAAGAUGCUGGUGGGCGCUACUACGUCCACGGCCCCCUCCUCCACGAGGAACCAACUCCAGACGACUUGGACAGUGCUGAACUCCCCUCACCCCGGACCUCCUGAAGCUCAAGCAAACACACACUGGCUAGACCUGCGACGUUCGGCUCCCGACAACACCCUUAGCCUCGAGCUGGACGAUUGCCACUAUGAUACUCACGCUUUCGUGUAUAGCGCUAUUUAUUAUUUCAGCGUGGUCGCUGUCCGUCAAGGCACGCCACGCACGCCCACCUCUGUUUCCUGGCCCGAAGGCUAUACCUCUAAUCGGGAAUAUCUUGCCGUUUAAGCGAAUGUGGCUCACGCUCACAGCGUAUAGCGAGCAAUAUGGUCCCGUAUACUCGCUGCGUGUUCUGCACACGCACAUGCUUGUACUCAACUCGGCCAGCGAAGCUCGAGACAUCCUGGAAGGAAAGUCGCACCUCUACUCCGGUCGCCCGAUUCCCCAGAUGGUAUCACUUGCCGGUAUGGAUCGCGGAGUCGUGUUUGAAGGCGACCCUCUCCGUCUCCGCAAAGCCAGGAAGCUGCUCCAUCUGGUCCUCCAACCACGAGAGCUCAGACAGUUCGACCCUAUGUUAGCCAAGAAGAACGACAUGCUUUUGUACGGCCUUUUGCGUAGCCCGGACAAGCUAAUGGCGCAUAUCAGAAAGCUCACGGCUGGGAUCACUCUGUUCAUGUCGCAUGGCUACGAAGUCGAGGGAGAGCACGACCCGUAUGUGGAAAUGGCAGAUAUCACCGUGCAGAAUUUCGCCCAGGCUAGCGUCUCCGGUGGCUUCCUUGUUGACUGGAUCCCGUUUCUCGCCAAGCUGCCUGCGUUUCUGCCAGGCAUGCAUUUCAAGAAACUCGCACUGGGAUGGCGGCAGCAAUACACCGAUCUGGCUGAAAGGGGACAUCAGUACGUGGAAUCGAAGAUUGCUAUGGGGUCGGCCAAGCCGUCUUUGACGUCUGCGGCCCUGGUGUCUGACCUGAAGGAUGAACGGGAAAUCAUCAUGUUCACAGCCACGCAGUUGUACACGGCUGAUCAUAAGCAGAGUACAUCGACGCUUUCUUCUUUCUUCCUCAUGAUGAUGAUGCAUCCUGACAUCCAACGCCGAGCUCAACAAGAGAUCGAUGAGGUCAUUGGCAACGAACGCCUGCCCGAGUAUGCCGAUCGACCGCAGCUACCCUAUGUAGAGGCCCUCCUCAAAGAGCUCUUACGUUGCUGUCCGCCCAUACCUGCCGUUGUCAGGACCCCAGCAGAAGACGACGUCCACCGGGGAUAUCUCGUUCCGAAGGGGACUAUCGUCAUUGUGAACUUCUGGGCCAUGCUUCACGACAAAAGUCGGUACGACGAGCCUGACGAGUUCAGGCCAGAACGCUGGCUCUCACGGGAUGCGGAUGACAACACGGACCCGUUGGAAGUUAUAUUUGGAUUUGGUCGGCGCGCAUGCCCUGGCCGCCACCUCGCCGAGUCCUUGUUGUUCACCGCCAUCGCGACUACGUUGGCGGCGUUCAAUAUCGCUAUCCCGAGGGAUGAGCAAGGCAAUCUCGUGAAUCCGACCGGCGAGUAUAGCGAUGGAGGAAUGAUAUUCCCACUUCCCUUCAAGUGCGACAUUCGGGUGCGGUCGGAGCGAGCGAAGGAGCUAGUAAUGAACAGUGUCGUUGAGUCAGAAGCGCAUCGAUGA